CGACGGACUGCCGGAAUGUCGACGAUGCUCGCGGCGGCGCGGCUAGACUUCGCGCCCUUCCUCCUCUCCCCGUCGCCCUCGCCGCCGUCCACCACCCUCCGCGUCCGGCCCUCGGCCUCCGCGGCGGCGGCGAGGACCAGGCUUCUCGCCCCGCGGGCAGCGGCGGCGGCGGCGACGGCGGUCUCCCCGAAACCGGCGGCGGUGGCGCCGCUCUCCGCCGACCGCACGGCCGUCCGCCUCGGGAUCGCCAGCAAGGGCCGCAUGUCCGACCUCACCCGAGACCUCCUCAAGAGUUGCCAGUUGACCGUCAUUCAGUCCAACCCGCGGCAGUACAUUGCCGACAUCCCGCAGAUGCCAAACUUGGAGGUUUGGCUUCAGAGGCCCACGGAUAUUGUUCGUAAACUGUGUUCAGGGGAUCUUGAUCUUGGCAUUGUGGGUUAUGACAUAAUCAGUGAAAUUGGGCAGGGCAAUGAUGAUUUAGUUAUUAUUCAUGAUGCUCUUGACUUUGGACACUGUCGCUUGUCCCUUGCGGUACCCAAGGAAGGUAUUUUUCAAAACAUAAAUACUCUAGAGGAGUUGGUAAAUAUGCCUCAGUGGACAGAAGAAAGACCAAUGCGGGUCGUUACAGGAUUUGGAUAUGUAGGUGCUAAAUUUUUGAAAGAAAAAGGUUUCAAGCAUGUCUCGUUUCUAUCUGGCGAUGGUGCUCUUGAGUCAUAUCCUGCUAUGGGCAUGGCUGAUGUUAUUGUGGAUCUUGUGAGUAGCGGAACAACUUUGCGCGAGAAUAAUUUGAAGGAAAUUGAGGGUGGAGUAAUUUUGGAAAGCCAGGCCGCACUUGUAGCAAGUAGGAAAUCUUUGAACAGACGUGAAGGUGCAUUGGAGAUUUCACAUGAGAUGCUUGAAAGACUAGAGGCUCACCUCACAGCGUCUGGCAAGAUAAUGGUAACAGCAAAUAUGAGGGGAAACAGUGCAGAAGAAGUGGCAGAGAGAGUUCUCAAACAACCGUCAUUAUGUGGAUUACAGGGCCCAACUAUAAGUCCAGUGUAUUGCAGUCUUGAUGGCAAUGUUGCUGUUGACUACUAUGCUAUUAAUAUAGUAGUUCCACAAAAGUCACUAUACAAGUCUAUUCAGCAACUGAGAUCCAUUGGUGGUAGCGGAGUCCUGGUGUCAAAACUGACCUACAUAUUUAAUGAGGAAACUCCUAGGUGGCGCCAACUUCUUUCGGAGCUGGGAAUGUGACUUGGUGCAAGGUUGGCCAUGCUCUCUUUGACAGUGGACUGUCUCCGUUAGCAUCACUUGUAUUUGUGCUGGCUGAAGCACCCACAUCAUAUAGAAACCCGAGUUCAGAAUAUGUAUGCAAAGUGAGCUCCAAUGUGGAAUGUCUGUGGCUGCGUGAGGAUUUUUUGGUAUGUACCGUCGCAUAUUGUGCUCAGCUAGUGUAUAAUCUAGACAGGCAUUAGUUCGAUUAUCCCUUUUUAUGUACCAGUUGAUAGAUUUGGGGUCCGGGUUGUUGGUUCUAUGCUUUGUAUGCUGAAUCUUACCUUUUGUUGGUGCUGCCCUGAAUAAUUGGGCCAUCUGAAAUGAAUAACCCCUUUGGGGUGGGUCUCAGUGGCAAGUCUA